GACACGAUAGUAACAUCGAUCCCAAAUUCCCAAUCGCCCCUCUCUCUCUCUCUCUCUCUCUCUCUCUCUCUGUUCAUACUUUUCCACAUAGUUUUUGAGGGAUAAUUUGAAAAGUAAAACGAAAAACAGAGGACAACAACCACCUUCUAUAAAUCAUUCAAAGAAAUUUCCCCAAUGAAUGAAACUCAGGGAAAAAGAAGAAGAAGAAGUAGAAGGAAACAGAUUCGAUCAGAUUCAGGAUGGUUCUUGAGAUGGGCAUGAAGAAUCGAAGAAAACGCGAAGGCCAAUACGUUGUAGCCUUGAACAGAGCAUUCUGUUGCCUUCUCGUUCUCGUCUUCUUCUUCGGUUUCUCUUUCUCCACUCUUCGCCUUCUAUUAAGAGGAAAUUCCCGUCCACGAUUGAUCUCAUUAGGGAAAACUCCAGCACUGAAAGUCAUCUCCGGCAACUCUCCGGCCGUCUCUGUCCGAGAAACGGUCACAUUUCCAGACCAGACUCUGAUUUUUCUAAAAUACCCUCAAACAACCCCGUUAUUCACCAAAGAUGACAUCAACUGUGUUUAUUUAUCCCCCAACUCAUCUCAACCUCAGCUAAACCUCCAACCGUUUUCCAUCGACGGUGAAUAUUCCGACCUCCAGAUUGUAUGGUGCCCGAUUCAGCCACGUGGUCUUACAGCCUCCAUUGUUAUUAAAUCCAACGGUCAUCUCCUCCCAAUUGGGCCCACUUACAGUUGGGAUUCGUUAGCGUAUGAGGCCCUAAUCGACCGGGAUAACACCACAAUUGUUUUCGUGAAAGGGCUGAAUCUACGGGGCGGAAGAGCUGCAGACCCAUCUAGAUUUGAGUGUGUGUACGGCUGGGAUUUCACCAAAUCAAAGCUUUUUCUACGAUCGGAGGUUAUUUCGAUUGGUCAAGAGGUCGUACGGUGCAAAACUCCUUUGAGUAUAUUGAGUGGUCCACAGAGUGUGAAUUCUUCCAUUAAGGUUUCAGUUAGAGGUAUUGGUAGGCCCUUAAUGAGUUCAGUAGCCCGGCCCAAUCGGCGAUUGGAUCCUGACCCACCCGUCCGGAAGCAACACGAGAUUUGUGUCUGUACAAUGUUGCGAAAUCAAGCUCAGUUCCUGCGGGAAUGGGUCGUGUACCAUGCCCGGAUCGGAAUCCAGAGAUGGUUCAUUUAUGACAACAAUAGUGACGAUGAUAUUAGCAGUUUGAUUGAGUCACUAAAUGAUGAGAAUUUCAAUAUAACCCGACAUCUGUGGCCUUGGAUCAAGACCCAAGAGGCCGGGUUCUCCCAUUGUGCAUUACGCGCUAGGGAUUCUUGUGAGUGGGUCGGGUUUAUUGACGUCGAUGAGUUCCUACAUUUUCCUUCAGGCUUGUCACUGCAUGAUGUUAUUGGGAAUUUGACUGGUAGUGUGGCUGAGUUGCGGGUCUCGUGCCAUAGUUUCGGCCCAUCAGGCCUCAAACGGGUGCCCGCAAAAGGAGUUACGCAAGGGUACACGUGUCGGAUGGCUGCCCCGGAGAGACACAAGAGCAUAGUGAGGCCGGAAGCAGUGAACUCAACCCUUAUCAAUUCGGUGCACCAUUUUCACUUGGCCAGCGGUUUCGUGUUUGUGAAUAUGGAAAGACAUGUACUGGUGAUUAAUCACUAUAAGUACCCAGUGUGGGAAGUGUUCAAGGAGAAGUUUUACAGGAGGGUGGCUACUUAUGUGGCAGAUUGGCAAGAAGAUGAAAAUGUAGGGUCUAAGGAUCGAACCCCGGGCCUUGGGACAAGACCGGUUGAACCUCUGGAUUGGCCUACACGGUUUUGUGAGGUAGUCGAUACGGGUCUUAGGGAUCAGGUGGUUGAGAUGUUUAGUAAUCCAAAAACUCGGAUGUUACCGGGGCAGAAGAAGGAAAACUUUCGGUUGAUUGCAACAGGAUAAAGAGCAUUGUAUCUUAAGAAGGGUAAGGAAAUUUUUUUUUUAAAAUUUUUUUUUUUCCUUAUAGUUGGUUGAUGAUGUGAUACCAUGUAAAGACAAAUGGAUUAGUUGAUUAGUCUUCAUAUACUAGAAUAGGAAAAGAGAGCGAGAAAUAAGAAAUACAAAACAUAUGGUUGCAAUGA